AUGUCUUCCAUCCCGGGAGGGUCCGCGUGUGCCAAAGCGCAGCGCGCAAUCCGAAAGUAUCUGCAACCAGCAACGGAACCGAUCGCAAGGCGCAUGUUUCCAAGAGAUUGCUUGUUUCGCUUUUUGUCCAGUGGGUCGCCAACAAUUGCUCGUGCUGUUCUGGAAUGCAAGUGUGAUCGGUGCAACCAUCAACAUAACCUCGCCGGACCUGGCAACUCCGUUGAUGAGUACCUAUGGCGAAUACUCGGGACGGCCAAGACGCUCCCUGAAUUCGAUUCUAGUGCGGUUACGUUGUUCUCUCUCUUUGUGGCCAUCGGAUAUCCCGCGCUCUGCGGCAGUCUUCUCGACAAGGGCUACGAUGACAAGAUCUUCCAGUUCGGUCCAAACGCGGCGCUGCCGCGCGAGACGCUUCGAAAGUUUUGGGCGAUGGACGACGCCGAGUUCGAGUUAGAUUUCUACAAUUCUCUGGAAAGGCAGCUUGCUCACUUUGCCAUACCCCAUUUUACUCGUACAAAAUUCGCAACAUAUGAUUCCAGCACGAUUUUACCAUUCAUAAACGAGAAGCCAAUUGGAAGACUCAAUGAGCGCGGUGAAAUAAUUGACGAGGGUGGUUCAGGUAAAGUCUCCUCUUUCGACAUCUAUGAAUGUUAUAACAAGUUGGGGAUUCGCGGUCCCUUUGCUCGAAAACAGCUGCUCGAUGCAGAGGCACCUCUUCGAUUUGAGCUCGAACGUGGUAAUCACCAAAUCGUAGAGCUUCUUGAAUCCCCAAACAUCGUUAAGAUGAUCACGACGUACAAACAUGGGAAUACAUUUAACAUCAUUUUUCCAUUGGCAAAAACCGAUUUAAACCACUUUCUGAGGGAGAAAACUUUUGGGAGUGAUGCUCUGCGCGAAGCGCCCUUGGAGCUUUGCCCCAUAUGGACUCAAGCACUAGGCAUCACCAAAGCUCUCGGCAGCAUCAGCAAAAUUCAGAGCAAGGGAUCGAAGCUUCCUCAUCUGCAAACUCAGUCAUCGCUCAUUGGGUUUCAUUUCGAUCUGAAGCCAGCCAACAUUCUUGUAGACCAUGAUGGAACCUGGCUCAUCACAGACUUCGGCCUCGCCCAGUUCGCUCCUGGUAACGGAUCGACAUCUCGUGUCAUCAACCAAGGCGGCACUGAUGCUUAUGCCCCACCAGAGUACCUGAACGUCAAUGGGAAGUUCUCCCGAAGGUACGAUGUAUGGUCACUGGGCUGUGUUCUGCUUGAAGUUGUUGCAUUCGCCGUCGACGGGCAGAAAGGGCUCUUAGAUCUGGAUGCUGCUCGCAGAACCAGCACCAAACACCGGACCGAUGACCGUUUCUUCACGGCCACAGCGGACGGCAAUGACUUCAUUGUGAAACCCAGCAUUGUCAAAUUUAAAGAACGACUUCUUCGUUCUGAGCGCGCAUCUCCUGAUUCCAGCAAGAACUUUCUACACAAACUUCUGGAUCUGAUCGAUAAAAUGUUAGAGCCGUCCGCUGAAAAACGAAUAGACAUAAACAAUGUCAUACCCGAGUUUUCGGGAAUAGUGUCUUCCGUUACGGCACAAAGUCCUAGAAGCCCUUCAGCCGCAUUUAACUUCAUCCCCCCUUUUAGUGGAGAUGGUGAAAGAGAUCUGACUUCACAACGCCUUAGAAAUCUUGUUUGUUCUUACUUAAGUAUGGAUGAAGCCAAGGAAGGCUCAUGGAGAAACGCUCGUCUUUACUUAUUUGGAGACCAAGAAGGAGAUCUCCGUCUUGUCGUAUGUGAUCCUACUGGCCAGCGGCCCUCAAAGGAGCUCGAAUUUCUGGACCGUGAGGUUCAAUUGAUACCAGGCUAUGCGUUUCCGGAUACGAAAUCUUCUUCUUCGUCAGAGCAGGUCAUUAGGUUCCAGAGAAUAGAUACCGGCAAAAUCCUUAACAAUGGUACUUUUUGGUUUUCAAACCGUAGAGAUUAUGAACAAUUCCAGUCCGAUCUCUGCAAUCAAGAAGUAGUUUGGAGCUACCAGCUAAAGAACGUCAUAUUGCGUAGACAUACAGAUGUUAUCGCAAAGGCGAAAGAGAAAGCUCUUAGUUUGCUGGGUAAAAAGAAGGCUGGCGAUGACAUCGAUUCUAACGGGCUUGGUCCGGCGACGCUACAGCUCAUGGUUGAAAGUGCGGAAGCCUUCGAGCAAUCGCGAAAGAGGACACUCUCAACCCCUGGAUCGAAAGAUCACCCAUUGAGAGGCCGUCCACAAGAAGAGCUAGUGCCUCCCUACCGUCUCGUGAUAUAUGUAGGGAAUGUUAUCAUAACGAUGAUACUAAAACCAGGCCUGCGCAACCUUAAAGACCGACCCAAGAAGCUGGACGGAAAUGUCAGCAAGUUUGUUCCCACAGACCCACACCGGGACCGCUUCAUCCAGGUAGCUAUGCUGCAACCGGCGAAAAAGGAGAAAUGUGCAUAUGCUGGUAUACCGCUCAACGUGGCAAAACUGAGAGAGCAGGAAUUACUUGAUACUUUUGACUGUACUGAAGUCGAAUUUGUGUUCUUGAACGAAACGGAAAGACUAGACUUUGAGUCGAGAUAUAUCGAGUGGAAGAUCGAAUGGCGUAAUCAGCGCAAGGCAGCGGAGGGUGCCUCAAGCAUGCCCCCUCGCUCUAAAAUAGGUCCAAAACGUAACGCUGGUAGAGGAGGCGUUGGCAACAGCCAACCCAAGCGCAUAAUGGAUAUUUCAACGGGCUUCUCAAGCUCUGCGACAUCAACGCAUUCCAAGGAGAAAGGAAAAGCAAUACUCUACACUGACGAUCACGAUAGCCUAUUUUCGGACAACCGCGGAAGAAGUUUUGACGACACGUCUCAUAACUGGAGAUAAUGGAAGCUUUAAUUAUAUGGAUUGGAACUCAAGUUCCCCCGCUUGAGCAUGGGAGGCAUGAAACCCCGUAACGUAAUGUACAUUUGGUCAAAUUUUAGAGCGAGGAUACCCGUCAUCAGCAUGGAAGGACUGUUAAAAACAACACCGGUUGGAUCCACUUUAUGUUCUUGAUUUAGCAUUGCUGUCAACUCAUAUUUUAGAUUGGCACAUUUUAAACGUAUCUAAAGUGGCGUACUUGGACUUUGGUUCUUAAGCAAUGGGCGCAGAUAUUAUUGUAUAGAUCAUG